UUGACAGGUCAGUAACGAAUGACCCUUGCUCUGGUUGCCAAGCGAUCUACAAUAUCGAUCACUAUACUCUUUUAUAUCAAAUGGAAUUAAUGGGGAAAAAAAGAGCAGAGAAAUAAAAAAAAAUUAGAAAAAAGCAAGCAAACAAACAAAAACAAAAAAAUAUACAAAUACGUUUUAAUCAUGAAAAAGAAAAAAAAAAAAACGAAAAAUACAAGAAAGGAAAUGGUGUUCUUAUCACUCCUGAUUUCGCCACGAUUCGAACUAUCAGCUCAGUUGUUUAUAGUUAUUCAAAGAAAAAAGAACAAAACAACAACAAAAAAAAAACAUGGAAAAAUAAAAACUGGAAGAGGAAAAUAGAAAGGAUUUAAUGGAAUAUUUUUAAGUAAGGGAUGAUAAAAUAUCAUUGAAAAGUAAAAAGUAUAACAUAGCAGAAUGAACUCCAUUAUAGAUAAUUUCCACGAUAUAAACAUUGAUAAGAAUGUUAUUAAAAAUUAUUCUACCGUUGAGUCGAAAAUAACGGAAUCACGAGAGGAUGAAUAUGGCGUACAGGAAAUAAGUAUUAGUGCUGAACCAUCGCAGGUCUCUAUUAGGAACGGCAGACCACCCAGCGUAGAAACUGACAGUUGGGGAAUACUAGAAGAAAUAAUGUCAUCAAGUUCCAUAGCGGUCGAGCCGAAAAUGACGUACCAAGAAAAAGUGGAGUGUAUGACUUCUUUACGGAAAAUCAUCUUGGAAAAAAUAUUGAUGAAUGGAAAUGUCGACCUAGCUGAAAUGAGACGCUUACUUUCGUGCAGAGAUAUAUUCGAAGAGAAUGUAGUUUUGAGCUCGCUGGAUUUGUUAAAAGUUGACAAUAUGUUUUCGCUAAUUCCGAAAUUAAUAAAGUCGAUGGAAUACUUCUUGGCUGAAUUGAAUGCAGCAUUGAAGAACUGGUCAGAAAAUAGCUCUCUGUCCGGUGCGUACAGCAAUAUUAUGUCGAACGUAGCUUUAUUUUAUGAAUACAAUAGCACCAUAGCCAUCGUAUUGAAUAUACUACAGGGUAAUGAAGGAAUUGAGUCCUACGACGCCACAAUGAAGAAGGUGAUGCCAAAUAUUGAGACUCCAUUUUCCGAUUUGCUCCAUUGUCCAAUCAUCGCUCACUACAGAGUUUACUUCGGUUUGAAGGAAUUAUGCAAGUACACGUCACGUGAUCACACGGACUAUUUUAUUUUGAAAGAAACUCGCAUAAAUAUGAGAAAACACUCGUGUUUUGUACCCCCGCAAAUCAAUAGACUACAUCUUAUCAAGUCCGGUUAUGCAGUUCAAAUGGACAAAAACAAGCGGAAGCUACGUUUCCUCUUUUUGUUUCCGAAAAACCUCAUCAUCACUAAACUCAAGAUAAAAUCCAACUGUGCAUAUUUUCAUACAAAAGGCAUCAUUCGACUGGGCAAGCGGAUGGUAACUAUUGAAUCAACGGUCAUUUGACUGCGGCCAUGCUGGAGCACGGAACCUAAUCAAACAUGUAAUUCCUACCAAAUGCGUUGAGUGCCCUUUUCUUUCGUUUGUCCACUCACUCGUAUGUAUGUAU